AUGUCAAAACACCUAGACAUUAAAUGUGAAUAUAAAAAAACGGCAAAAUGGUUUUCUACACCAGAAUACCUUAUGUUAACUGCUGGACCGGUAAAUAUUUCCGAAAGAGUUGCUAAAGCGUUAUCGAGACAACCUUUGAAUCCUUUGGGAGCAGACAUUAUCCAGAUUCAAGAUGAAAUCAAAGUCAUGUUAAGGUACCUUUUUCAAACAAAAAAUAAUCUCACUCUUGUAAGUCAAACGUCGGGAAAUGGAGGCAAUGAAGCCAUUAUGGUAAACCUUCUAGAUCCCGGAGAUCGGAUAGUUAUAGCAAUUGGGGGUACUUGGGGCGAGAAAAUGGUCGAUAUGGGGCAAAGAUAUAAUUUCGAUAUCCUCUCACUCAGGAAAAAUCCCGGCGAAAUUUUCACUCUGGAGGAACUUAAAGAUGCAGUAGUGCGCCACAAAGCCAGAAUGUUGUUUGUAACUCAUGGAGAAUCCACAGGAGGAACUCUCCAACCUCUUGAAGGUCUUGGUGCUAUGUGUCACGAACAUGACUGCUUGCUUGCAGUCGAUGCUAUCGUUUCUAUUGCAGUAGAACCACUCUUUGUUGAUCGCUGGGAGAUUGAUGCUGUCAGUGCUGGUAGUCAGAAAGCUAUAGGUGCUCCUCCUGGUACUUGUAUGCUUAGUUUCAGUCCCAGAGCUGAGAAACGUAUGAGUGAGAAAAAAGUACCACCUCCGUACUACUUGGACGUGACUAGAUUGGCAGUUUAUUGGAAGUGCACCCCUGGGCCACGACAGUACCAUUAUACUUUUUCCUCAAACUUACUGGCUUCAGUACGAGAAGCUUUAGCUGAAAUUUGUGAAGAAGGUCUUGUCGAAGUUUGGGAGAGACAUGCAUCCACCACUAAACUUUUCUGGAAAAAACUAGAAGAAAUUGGUCUUGAACCAUACGUAAAGAAUGUCCAGAAUCGGUUCAUGGGGGUCACUCCUGUCAUACUACCUCCAGGAAUUGACCACGUGGAGUUUCUCAACUUUAUCCGACAAAAAUUCCAGAUCGAUAUCACCGCCGGCCACGGACCCACUUCAGGAAAAGCCAUUCGUGUCGGCUUCUUAGGCCAGAAUAGUAGACCCGAAAUGGUCGAAUACAUGACAGAAGCUUUAAAAGCCGCUCUCGAACACUUUAAAAAGUGAUUUUUAAUCCAAUAAAUCCAUCUAAA